CACAAACAUAAGCACACUAAACAACACAGCGCUGCUCAAUCGCAGCAGCGAUGCUGCAGCCACAAAACAACGGAAACCGCCACUCUCCGACGCAUCAGCUUCACGAGAAUUUACGCUCCUCGGCGGCGCAAAACAGCGACGGAAACCCUCUGAUCGCCGCCUCCGAUCAAACAAUCGAAUCCUUGUUUUCCUGGCUCAACCUCACCUCCGAUGUCCUAUUCCACGGCCGUACCGCCGCCGCCGAGGACGGCUCAGCUUCGUCGUCGCGCUCAAUUCCACCACCAGUGGCUUUCGGAGGAAGCCACCACCAACACCAACACCAGCAGGUUUCGAAUUGGGCCACCAAUGGGCCCAUGGUCCACCAGAAUAACAAUGUGGGCCCCGAUUUCUCGGGUCGGGGCCCAAAUCCUCAAAAUCAAUUCAUAAAUUAUUCUCGAAGACAGGAUUUUUACAACGAUUUCGACCUCCGUUCCUUGCAUGCCACGAAAUCCAUCCCCACGAGCACAAGUUACAACUCUCCCGUUGUACCUUUUGCUCGUGAGAACAGCUCUCUGUAUGCGCUGUCUCAGCUGCUAACCCCUGAGUUCAUGAUUGGGAAAAUUGCUUACUUAGCAAAGCACCAAAUUUGGAGCGGCGCGUUGGUUUUUAAACUGGAGGCUGGGUUGGGGGAGGCCCAACUCAACAUGGUUGUGUUCGAAGUGGUGAAGAGUUGGGAUGAUUUGCUGAAGAAUCAGUUAGGGGCCCAGUUUUUGCUGAAGCUGUUCACGGUGUGUGAUAAGGAGAAGAGGACCAGGAUCAUCAUGGCCGUCACGAGAUUCCCUUUUAAGCUCAUCUCAGUCUGCCUAAACACUUCUGGGGCUAAAUCAGUACAUAAGCUGAUGGAUAAGCUGACUUCUCCUCAGCAGAUCUCAUUGGUUGUGGCUUCUUUGAUCCCUGGUGCUGUGGUCUUAGCCACUGACUGCAAAGGUCAACACAUCAUACAGUACUGUGUUAGAAGGUUUCCUGUGGAAUAUACUAAGCACCUUUUGCACGAGAUCACCGCAAACUGCUUCAUUAUUGGGACAAGUAAAAGCGGAUGUUGUGUAAUACAAUCAUGUGUGGAUAAUGCUGAUGGUGAAGCAAGAACACAAUUAAUCUUCGCGAUACUAGAAAACGCUGUGCAACUUGCUGAAGAUCCUUAUGGAAACUAUGUGGUGCAACAUCUUCUCGAGAUGGAGAUGCCAGAACUCACGAAAUAUAUUCUGAGACGGUUCGAAGGCUGUUUCGUGUCUCUUUCCUGCAACAAGUAUGCCAGCAAUGUAGUGGAGAAGCUCUUAUGGUCGGGAGAUGAAGUAUCUGCGAUUAUUACCAUAGAGUUGCUUCAAAGCCCGAACGCCUCGAUGCUUUUAGUCGACCCUUAUGGAAAUUUUGUCAUUCAAAAUGCAUUGUCAGCUGCGAAGGGAGAGUUAUAUUAUUCUUUGGAGAGAUUUGUUCAAAUUAAUGCAGAAUCCAUGCAAAGCAAUCUUUAUGGGAAAAAGAUCCUUGCUUGGUUUAUGAAGAAGAGGCCUUACAUUGAGAAGAAGAAGCCUUACUAUGGCUAGAUUCUCACAUUUAAAAUAUAGUGUUGUAUAGUUUGUUGUUUAAUUAUUUGUCUAAUUCAUAGUUUUGCCAUUCAACUGCAUAUUUUUGAUGACUUCAGUCUCAGAUUCAACCAAGCUAAGCAAUGUAGAGAGUGUUGUACCUACGCUGUUGUACAUC